CGCUGAUAUUGUCUGCAAAGUUUCAGUACUUUUGAGGUGCUUUUUACAGUUCCUGCAACUCCAGAAAAAAAAGUAACAUAUCACUGACAGAGUCAUUAUUGUCUUCUAGCAUUAAUAAGAAGGAUUGUGGUCUUGGGGAAAACUGGAGCUGGGAAGAGCAGCCUCACCAACACCAUAUUUGGAGAGACUGUAUUCAAGAUUGACAGUUCACCCAAAUCUGGUACAAGUAAAUGUAAAGCAGAAACAAAAUCCGUCAAAGGAAGAUGCAUUAUGUGGAUCGACACUCCUGGGUUUUUUGACACAGAGAGAUCUGAGGAGGAGCUGAAGCCUGAGAUAGUGAGGUGUAUCACAGAGUGCACUCCUGGGCCUCAUGUUAUUCUCAUUGUGCUUAAAGUGGAGAAAUUCACUGAGCAGGAACAGGACAUCAUAAAACAAAUGCACCAAUAUUUCUCUGAAGAAGCUUUAAAAUAUGCCAUAGUUCUUUUUACUCAUGUGGAGAAAUUUCACGAAGGCAGAGAGCAUGAGCAGGCUGUCAUCAACAAAAUACACGAAUACUUUUCUGAAGAGGUUUUUAGAUAUACAGUAGUCCUCUUCACACAUGGUGACCAACUCGAAGAAGGAAAGAAAAUUGAGGAAUUGGUCCACCAGCAUAAGUUCCUGAGUGAUCUGGUGGAGAAGUGUGGCAGCCGGUGCCACGUCAUUGAUAAUAAAUACUGGAACAAAAACCCAAAUGAUGAAUACAGGAGCAACCAGUUCCAGGUGGAGGAGCUACUGAAGUCCAUAGACAAGAUGACUGAGGCAAACAAAGGAAGCUGCUACACCAAUGAGAUGCUACAAAAAGUGGAGAAUGAAAUACAACAAGAGGGGAAGCGCAUUAGACUGUCAUCAGUAAACAUGUCAGAUAGAGCAAUCAGAGAGAAGGCUAGGGACAGCAUAUUUACGGAGAUUUUAAACCAAAUGGCAGGUUUUGCCACCACUGCAUUGUUAAGAGCUUUGUUUGGUGCGGGAAAGGUUACACAAGCUGUAGCUUCACCAGUUACAUGGUCACUUGGUGCGCUGUUAUCAUAUAUAGGAGGAUUUUUUCAAACUAAGAGAGCACAGUGAGCAGCAAAGGACAAACAUACACAGUGUGUCUCAGAUUAUGUGAUGGACUUACCACCACAGCCAACUUUAAAACACAUUCAAAACCUAUAAUGAGUCAUGAAUUUUGA